AUGUAUCAUCGUUCCUUUUUUCUUUGUAUCUUUCUUUCUUUCCAUUGUUUGAAUUAUUAUUUAAUUUUCCUGUCAAUUCUUUCUUUCUUUCUUUCUUUCUUUCUUUCUUUCUUUCUUUCUUUCUGUUACCUUAGUAGUUUAUUGAUUCAUAAUCCUGUCGUUUUAGUUCAUAGUUUCAUAAUCCUUUCUUACUUUCUUUCUUUAUUUCUUUCUUUCAUUAUUCUAAAUGUACUUCUUCGUCUCUCGUCUAUUCUUUCUUUCUUUCUUUCUUUCUUUCUUUCUUUCUUUCUUUCUUUCUUUCUGUUACCUUAUCCAAAUCUACUUUUAAGCCUCCUUCAAUUUCUUUCUUUCUUUCUUUCUUUCUUUCUUUCUUUUCUUUCUUUCUUUCUUUCUUUCUUUCUUUACAUCUAUCUAUCUAUCUAUCUAUCUAUCUAUCUAUCUAUAUAUAUAUAUAUGUAUAUAUAUAACAUAUUCAUUCUAUUCAACUCUCUCUUUCUUUCUCUCUCUCUCUCUCUCUCUCUCUCUCUCUCUCUCUCUCUCUCUCAAGUGUUUCCGAAAAUCGUUACUAUCUGCGAUACAACACGCAUUUUCCUCUUCUUCUUCUUCUCUUCCACCUCUCCUCCUCCUUCUUCCUCUUCUCUUCAUCCUCCUCCUUCUUCUCUUCUUCUUCCCUUCCUCCUCCUCAUCUUCUUUCUUCUGCUUCUUCUUUUUCUUAUUCUCCUCUUCUUCCCUUCCUCCUCCUCCUCCUGUUCUUUUUCUCUGCCUUUCUAUUCUUCUUCUUCUUCUUCUUCUUCAUUUUUCCUUCUACUUCUACUUUCUCCCUCCUCUUCUUUUUUAUCUCCCCAUACCCUUUUUCUUCUGCUUUUUCUCCUCCUCUUCGUCUAUCCCUCUCCUAUCCUCCUCCUUAUUUUCUCCACUUCCCUCUCCUUCUUCUUCUUCUUCUUCUUCUUCUUCUCUUCCACCUUCCCUUCUUCUUCUUCUCUUCAUCCUCCCCCUUCUCUUCUUAUUUCCUUCCUCCUCCUCAUCUUUUUUCUUCUGCUUCUACGCUUUCCCAUUCUCUUUUUCUUCUUCCCUUCCUCCUCCUCGUCUUCUUUUUCUUUUCUCUGCCUUCCCAUUCUUCUUCCUCCCUAUUCGCUUCCUCCUCUUCUUUUUUACUCUCGCUACCUUUUUUCUUCUGCUUUUCCUCCUCCUCUUCUUCUUCUCUCCCUCUCCUCUUCUACACUCUCCUUCAAAUUAACACUCAGGUUAAUCUAG